GCAGUGCACGAAGGCAGCCCUCUGGGUGAGCUCCAUCGCUGCAUCCGGGAAGGGGUCAAGGUCAACGUUCACAUCCGCACUUUCAAGGGGCUUCGGGGCGUCUGCACAGGCUUCCUGGUCGCAUUUGACAAGUUCUGGAAUAUGGCACUUACUGAUGUGGAUGAGACCUACCGGAAGCCUGUUCUGGGCAAAGCAUAUGAGCGGGACUCUUCACUGACUCUCACUAGGCUAUUUGAUCGGCUGAAACUUCAAGAUUCCUCCAAGAAGGAAGCAGAUUCCAAGUCUGCAGUUGAAGAUUCCACCCUGUCCAGAUACUCCCAGACAUCUACUUGGAAGGUGGCUUCAGUGUGGGGAAGAGGAGACACUGACCGGGGCUCACACAAGCGUUCCCGCUCUGUCCCGUCUUCCCUGCAGGCAUCUGCAAGGGAGGAGUCCAGGUCAGAGCUGUCAGGGAGGACUACACGGACAGAAGGGUCCAGCAUGGGAGGUACCUUGUCCAGGGCUACCACCCUUUCCAGGGGCCAGUCCCGUAAGAAAAAGCGAAAGCCCAAAGUGGAUUACCAGCAGGUAUUCACUCGACACAUAAAUCAGAUUUUCAUUCGAGGUGAGAAUGUCCUGCUGGUGCAUCUUGCACAGUGACCGGCUCGGCCUGAGCUUUGGUUUUUAGAAGUAAAGUGCAUGAAUUGCUGCUAUGCUGUAUCCUAGUAUCCCAGUGAAACUCCAAGUUGGAAUUAUUCCCUCUGUCCUGCAUGUGCAGAGGACAGAGCAGGCUCAGCCCUCUGGAUGAUGAGCACAAGGGGAGGACAGGCCUUGGGGGUCGGCAUUACCAUCAAGGCAAAAACCAUGCAGAGGUGCAUGCCUCGGACUUGGUAUCAUGGUUUACUUCAGACUCUGAAAGCAAUUAUAAGUUCUUCCAUUUGACCUAGGGGGUCACGCUAUGAAUGGAGUUGACUUUUCAGAGACUAUAGAAAAAAGCUGUCUCAAAAAGAAUGAUCGCAUUUCUAAAAGCUAAUGUCCCAAGGACUCAGGAAUGUGAUUCUAAGAGCAGCUGUGUCAAUUGCCUUGGAGCUCUGCACCCACGUUGUAGAACUACCCUUUGAAUUCUGUCCCACAACUUUUUGUCCCACACUGCACUUUCUCUCUUGAUCAAGAAAUGAAAUUAUCUCUGAAGAUCUGCAGCGUCUAGGGAGUUGCCAUUGCUUGUUGGGGUGGAGUUUGGAAGGUGGUGUGCUCCAAGAAGCCAGCAUUUUAUGCUGUUUUGAUCCCUGUCCUCAUUGUGGGAGAGAGUGCAGGACCUCCUAGUCUUCCCCUCUCCAGAGGCUAAGUAGCCUCUGCAAAUGGCAUGCCAGAUGGGACCGUGAGAUGCUAGUGUGGUGGCUUCUCGUCCUUCUCUCUGACUCGUGUGGCAUGGUGCUAGCGCAUGUACCCUGUGGUAUUGCCCCUCUGUCUGUUGUGUGAACUGUCCUGUGAGCUUUAUGGCAGGAGACUGUGACCUUCCUGUCUAGCUUCCACGAGUUCUGCACGAACUCUGUAAUGCACACAUACCACACGGCUGAGUCCCCACUCCGAGCGGGCUGGCCUUGUGGAGAUUAACUGUCAGAAUGGUUUUUCCACGAAACAGGGGUGAUGGUUUUAUUCCCUUGUGUCAGGCCAAAGAUGUUCUUGCAAAGUCCAGUGGGUAGUGUCUGAAGGGACACUUUACUCACAGCCUGGCUUGAGUAAUGGGAACACCAUAGCACCCACGAAUGUUUCUACUUGAAUCAUAUCUGUGCUUUUCCAGUCACCAGUGCAGAAUAGGCUGCAUCUUGACACAGACUGUUAGGCAAUAUUGGUUUUUUGUUGUGUUAGUUUUUAUCUGGUUUUAUCUAAGAUAACUUAAGUUCAAGGUGAGAAUAAGAAAUGACUAACUAGCUAAAACGUAUGAAAAGAAAACUUUCCCCUGCUGCAUUUGUUGUGUAGCUUAAGCCUUCUGAGAAGCAGAGUGAGUCAAGCCCAGGGUGCUGGGAUCCUGGUCCUUCGGGCUGGACCCUGGCUCAUCCCACAGUGAGACGUGAGCAGAUGUGACCUCCGUGCCUCCGCUCUCCCUGCAGACACCUACCUCACAGGGGCAUCAAGACAAAGACUCUUAGGAAGGCAUUUCCAGUCCAAACAUGUUCAAGUGCCACGAGUGAUUUUUACUAACUCAAUUUCAUAGCUUUGUAAGAAUUCUGUGUCUUAUGAGCAAGGCAGGUGCUACAUAAGAACAUAGUGCUCACAGGUGUCCUAGUCCUGAUCCUGUUGUAACUUCCAUCGGAAGGCAGUGAUAUUUUCGAGAUCUGUGUUCCCUUCCUUCCUCCCAAGGGACAGUGAAGGUUCUCUGGAGGAUCUUCAGGAAGAGGAGAGGAAUGCUUUUUUGCUGCUCCCCCACAUCUCAGCUCCCAGCCUCUUCUGAUCAUUAUCAGAAAGAUCCCCAGAACUUUCCAAGGGGUGGACAUGGUACUACCAAGUGGCGAGUGAGGAUCUGAAAACAACAUCCCCAACGGGGAACCUGUGGAAUUUAAAAAAGUUUAUUUACUUGUUUUUAUUUUUAAAUGCAUUUUAGAGUAUACUCUAGAGCCAGAUCAGAUACACUAAAGUUGGUAGAGAGUCCAGGAUACAGACUCACGUGAACAGUUAUAUUUCGAAUCUGCCGGUCUAAAUUCUCUCCUAAAUAGUGUCUGCAAUCUCAGUCCCCAAAUUAAUAGUCAUCUUGUCUGAUCAGGCAUGACUGCCUCUACCAGACUCCCCGUGUGGCUGCCUUUAGCCAUCCGCCCUCUUAUCCCUCACUGGAAGCUGUACUGGAUACCCUGUUUUCCUAAUAUGUAGAAAUUUGGAAUCAAAAGGAGUCAAUCUUCAUUCCAAUGCCAAAUGAAAUCUAAUCUGAUUUAUUUUAAACGCAUGUCUGCUUCUGUGUUUACUUGCAAUUUUCAUAUAUCCAUAUAAGGGUUGAUUUACUAUUUUCUGCCCAACAUGACAACCGCUGGCUAUGAAAAUUGUUUUUAAACUGUGUGAUCUGCUAUAUAUCCCCAAUUAUUUCUUUGGUUUGGACAGUGACUCUGGAAUGAAUAAGAUCUAGUAAAUGUACCAUUUUGUACAAAGCAUGAUCAUUAUUUUUUAAAGAAGUCAGUUUUUAAAAAGUAUUGCCUUUUAUUAUUGGAAAGAUUUUUUUAAAGGAAGAAAAAAACAGGUCCUAAUAAUGUAUGUGUUACUCAAAAAUUGUGAUCAUUGAGGACUUCUGAAAGUUGCUAUGGAAAUAACUCAGUGUUCUUCAAGAGAAGGAAGGAAAGUGGGGAGGGCGAGGAGAGUCCUGGCCACUCCCAGCAGCUUACCUCAGAGGGGCCUAUGCAGCUGAAAGACACACAACGGGCUUCUAGGAUUCUCCACAACUUGGAGCUUGGGAAGCUUGGUAAGAAUAGUAUUUAUUUUCGAACAUCCAACUUCAGUUCUUCAAAGUAAUCUGUAGACAUGAGAAUGUGUUUUCAAGACAAUUCACAGGCCAUGCCUGAACACUUGGUGAGGUCUUCUCAGGAGUAUCCAUCUUGUUAGGUGAUAACAAGUGAUUCAGAAACAGAAGGGAGGGUUCUACAUCCAGAGCAACUUCCUGUGCCAUUCUUUGUACACAGAGGUGAUCCUUUUGCUCUGCAGUUAGUAGAACUUGCACUUAGAUGGUUUGUUCUAGUAUCUGAAGAGCGUUUAUGCUUUCUUUCAGGGACCAUCGUGUGAACAGAGAUAGGCUGUCUGGAGUCAGGUAACCACAUUAGCAGUGUCUGAAGCAGGUGGCUUUAGACAGUACCUUGCUCUGUGCAAGGUAGAUGACAAGUAAGAAAGCCAGGAACCCUUCGCACUAAAGUCUAGACACAGAAAUCCUGGUUGGGUGUUGUUAGUGGAGUGGCUGUGUCUCCUCCAGGCAAAAGGGCCCGGGAGCACCGUAAGAGGUGAUCAGGUCAUGGGCAGUGAGCUGCCCUGAGUCCUCAGAAGCUCUGUGGAAAUGUCGACGGAGCACUUCCCCCCUUUAGAGAGAAGGAAAGGAAGCCAGCCUUGGUGCAGAGUGGAUGUUUAUAUUCCUGUUUGCCUAUUUCCAUAGCAGCUGACAGGGGGCACAAUCAUGAAAUAGAGUAAGUUCCUUAAAUGUUCUCUAAAUGUUGCCUUUGGGAAAAAACUCAGACUAUUCACUGGCAGCUAGCUGUCACUGGUGCUGCCCCGAAGCUUUCCCGUCCUCCCAGUAGUUUUGAUGAAUGAAAACGUUGCUGGAGGACGGUCAGGGUUCGAGUCAGAGAAGAGGGUCGGGUGUAAACACAAUGGCUGCACGUGCUCGUUUUCUUUCUCUGUGCCCGGUUUAGAAUGCAGCUGGCCCUUUUCUCAGUAGCUCGCGUCCGCCAGUCUGUGCUUUUCUUCUCCCGGAAGUUUGUCUCAGUGGUCGCAAAGCAAGAAACCUGUGCCUGCGUUGCAGAGGUGGGUGGUCUGUCGUCACCUGGCAGAUAUAACUGAUGGAUCGAAGAGACGCCUUGGGGGUUCCUGCCAGUUUCUGGGCUCUGAGGAAGGGCUGGGGCUCCUCUGUUCGCCGUGUUUUGAGUAUUUUUCAAAUGUUUGUAAGUUUUCUUGCACUCCUCUAAUAAAAAUGAAAGCUCUCUGUCAAGAAAUGGCUUUGGAUGGUUCGAGAUCUAGGGGAAGGAAAAUAAGGACACCUGAGACCUUCGGUUGGUCUUUUAUUUAUUUAGAAUAAAAAGUAGUUUGAUAACCUACCAGAGUUAGUGCUUCUUUAAAAACACUUUCUGAAAAGACGGGAACUGUCCCUUAGGAAAGCUGUAAACACGAUUCCCAAUACAUCGCGAUUGCUUUUGAUUUUUUAAUCCUUUGGAGCAAAUGUCUGAUGUUAUGUCUGAUGUUAUGUUUUUAGAGCUGUGGGGGGGGAGAAGUCUGAAAAUUUUUAAGGGGUAUUAUUUAAACAAUGAUAAUCUGACUGAAUUAUGUGUGAGCUAGGAUCUGGGGCAGCUGUCCACUUCUUUUUCUAUUGUCCUGACAGUAAGGCAAAGAGUAAACCAUGUCUUGCAAAGUGAUUUGCUGAUCUCCAGCUGACAUCUAAAGACAUCAGUCUUCCGUUUGGCAGCCCUGGGGAUACCCCUCUGCACUGUAACUUAUUCAUGUUUGUUCAGACAAGGCUAAACCUGGAUGACUCUGUGUAUCUAUAGUUUCACUCCUCAUAUACCAGCUGCUAAAAGAAAAACUAUGACUUGUAAUCUUGUCUUUGAAUUACUCUUGAUUGUUAAGUUAACCAAAACCCUUCCUGUUGAGGGAGGAUUGCUGCUAGUAAUGUCAGUUUGUGAUGUUCUGCUUUAGAAGUGUCAUUUGGGAGUCUGGAAACCGUAAUAAAUAUGAUUGUAUUCAUGUCCUGGC